UGAAGACAGUGGCUGAAGGAAGAUUCAAAGAAAGAUUACUUUAAUUGAGGAAAAGUCCAAAAGCAAUUAUUCCUGUUGAACAUUGGUUUAACCAUAAAGACUUUUGCCUAAUUAUUACAUUUGUGAAAACGUGUUCUAAGAUGUCAGAAGGAAUCUACGAAUUUGAAGAGAAUGUAAUUGGCACAAAUAUUGACUGCCCAACAUAUGCCAAUGUAGAAGGCUACAAGCCCAAACCAGGUGGAGUCGUCAUUCAACAUUAUGUGCAUUGUCAGUGGUGGAAAAGACCUUCUGGAGUAGCUGCAGUGGGUCUGGGACUGCUGUGUGUUCUGCUUCUGGCUGGGAUAAUAGGACUGUCUGUCAACUAUGGGGUCAUUGGCCAUCAAUGCUUUACAGAAAGAGACAAACUACAGACUAGCUACAAUAACCUGACAAAAGAUAGAGACCGGCUACAGACUUUUUACAAAAACGUGUCUGAAGAGAGAGACAAACUACAAAGAGAGAGAGACCUCUUUCAGACGGUACUUGUGAAAUCUCCAAAUGAAUGGAAAGUGUUUGGUAACAGCAUCUAUUACGUCUCCACGGAGCUAAAUAACUGGGAAUAUGCCAACCAGGACUGUCUGAAGAAAGGGACACAGCUAGUCAUCAUAAACAACCCAGAGGAACAGAAAUUCCUCAUUUCAUUAAACAUACGUACUUGGAUCGGUCUGUCUGACAUAGAGACUGAGGGGACCUGGAGAUGGGUGGAUGGCACACCUCUGACUACAGCGUACUGGGGAGCACCACAGCCUGAUAAUGGUGGUGGUACUGUAGGAGAGGAGGACUGUGCUGAAUUUGUUAAUCGGUAUACUGAACCUGUAAAGAAAUGGAAUGACAUGACAUGUACCACUAAACUGAAUUGGAUUUGUGAAAAAGUAAUUGAAUAACAAUACUUUUUAUCU